GGAAGUGCACUAACAGCACGCUCACUCCUUUUGGGGUUUAUCUCUGCCUCAUAUUUCCAAUCAUCACUCUCCAAUAUCGGAAACGUCUGUCAUCUUUGGGGUUUUGGGAUUGUUCUUAGCUUUACUGUUCUUCAUGAACAAGUCGUCAUCAGUUAAAAACUCAAGUGGUAUUUAUCUUCUUUGUCAUUCUCUGUUUUAGCAAAACCCAAAAUAGACUCCAUCGAUCCGAAAAGAACACAAAAGCCAUCUUUGAGAUUCUUUGCUAAAGAAGGGAUCCAGUGGACAACUCUCUUACCAAUGGCCUUUGAUUAGCGUGGUUUGUGAUGUGUUGGUGUGUAUUGAUGGCAUGAUGUUAUACUUUUGGCUGCUGUGUUGUAACCCCGAUGUGGUUUUGUCUCAAGAUUCAAGUAAUGAAAUUAAGAUAAUUGCCUUGUAUGGCUUAUGAGGCUUUUACUUGCAUCAGUCUGGUUCUCUCUGUGUCAACCUGAAUACCUGAAAGCUCAGGAAAGAUUGGAUAAGCAGCUGAAAUGGAUAGUGAACCACUCGCACAGGAACAGAGACCUCCGUCAUCCCUUCUCAAGUAUCUUUAUGCCGCUCACUUUCUUGCGAGAUGGGGUGCCAGAAUGUGGGAAUUCUCUGUCGGUUUAUACAUGAUCAGUGUUUGGCCAGACUCUUUACUCCUUGCUGCUAUUUAUGGUGCUGUGGAAUCUGCUUCUACUGCAUUAUUUGGUCCCAUCGUUGGACGAUGGGUGGAUAGGCUCUCAUAUGUAAAGGUUCUUAAACUUUGGUUAGCAACCCAGAAUCUGUCCUUCAUAAUUGCUGGAUGUGCAGUAAUGGCCUUACUGGUAUUUUCAAACCUGAAGGUCACAAAUCUCGUAGCAUUCAUCUCCCUGGUGAUAUUUACUAACAUCUCUGGAGCUGUUGGUGUGCUUUCAACUCUAGCCGGUACCAUCCUGAUUGAAAGAGAAUGGGUGGUGGUAAUAUCAGAAGGCCAUCCUCCAGGUUUACUGACUGAGAUGAAUUCUGUCAUCAGACGAAUUGAUUUAACCUGCAAGCUAGUUGCACCAGUUAUAACUGGCUUCAUUAUCAGCUUUGUAUCACUAAAAGCAUCUGCUAUGACCUUAGCAGGGUGGACAACUAUAACUGUUUGGGUGGAAUAUUGGCUUUUUAUGGCUGUGUAUAACGGGAUCCCAGCUUUAGGUGAAAGCAGCCUAAGGAGGAUUUCAAAAGUUUUACCAAAUGAUGUUGUGGAAGAAAGCACGUCGGCUUCUCAGGAAAUACCUGAUUCACUUUCCAAUAAUGGAGAGAAUUCAGCAGCCGCAGGAAAGAACAGUGGGAGUAAAUUUAUCGAGUGGGUCUCUAAGGUUCCUUACAUUGAUGCAUGGAGAGUAUAUCUGCAGCAAGAUGUUGUUCUACCUGGAGUUGCUUUAGCUUUGUUGUAUUUCACUGUCCUAAGCUUUGGGACUUUGAUGACGGCUGCCUUGGAAUGGGAAGGCAUACCCGCAUUUGUGAUUGGAAUAGCACGUGGCAUUAGUGCUUCAAUUGGAAUAGCUGCAACACUUGUGUAUCCCAAGCUACAAUCUCGUAUUUUAACACUCAGAACAGGACUCUGGUCUGCCUGGUCCCAGUGGAUUUGCCUGCUGCUAUGUGUGGCUUCAAUCUGGGUCAAAAACAACCAUUUAGCAGCAUACAUGCUGAUGGGUGGAGUUGCAACAUCUCGUCUUGGUUUGUGGAUGUUCGACUUAUCCGUCACCCAAGAAAUGCAGGAUCUUGUUCCUGAAUCUGAUCGUUGCAUUGUGGGAGGUGUUCAGAACUCACUUCAGUCUACCUUGGAUUUGAUGGCUUAUGUCAUGGGAAUAGUAAUCUCAAAUCCACGGGAUUUCUGGAAGUUGAAUCUGAUGUCCUUUUCGGCGGUGACGUUGGCUGCAUUUCUCUACACUUACCAUCUAUACCGCAUUCGGAAACACCUUUUCCACUUUGAGAAGCUGUUAUCAUAUGUUCAGUCCUCGUAAGAUGAUAUGGUCUGUCCCGUUGUCUCUUUCUAUGAUGUUUGUGAUCUAAAUAUGGAAAUCUAUCCGUACAGUCGGUUGUAAUAACUAUUACGUACUAAGAUUAGACAUCUUUAAUUAAGCUCGUUGGUUUUUCAUAGA